GCGGAGAGGGAGUAAACCAUGCAGCGGAGGUGUCGUCGCAGACCGUUGCACCAAGAGUUCAAAACCUUCGUGGAAUGCGUCGACGCUUGUAACAGAUUCACGGAGUGCAUCAAAAAACUCUUCCCCUUUCAAUUCACAGCCAACAAACUCAGGAAAUUCAGGAAUGACAGUCGGUGGCUCGGUGGCAGGCGACAGAGCUGCGCUACAGGCAACGGGGCCUCAGCAGUUGCAGGAUUCUACUGCAAAACAGCCAUCUGCUGUAAUUGCUCCCAGCAUUCAUCGAGAUGAGGCUUCACAGCAUUAUCGUGAUGACGCUCCAUCUACCUCUGUGUCUCAACAAUCGAAACGCGGCGCGGCGCCACCGUCGUCUUCAAAUGGCCCAGUGCAACCGAGCAAGAACUACAGCGAGAGGAGCUUGAAUACCUCCGCCAUCCUGAACUCUUCCGGUUUCGGUGCACAGCAUACCACCCAGCAAGCGUCGGGGUCUACCGGUUCAUCUCGUUCGAAUUUUCUGCGCAAAGGUCAGGGGUCAACAUUGCGUCGCAGCAGCAGUGAAUUCCUGAGAAGAAGUAUCGACACCAGCUACCUCCAAAGCCUGCAAGAACAGGCAACUACUCUCCGUCUAAAUCAGCAACACCGAAGCGGCAUCAUCGUGAACGCCCCGGUUCUGGUGCAUCCUCCCAAAAAUACUGCCGAUCAAGCCAACGGAUUUUCGUAUACAACUUCUGGU